AUGGAUUUUAUCUUUACAGAGGGACUGAGGGGUCGUAGUAUAACCAAACUAGCCCUAGAAAACGAGGAUGACGAAGACCUAGAGCACACAAUGGAUUCCAUGACGACGCCACGAUUACCUGAGAUGCCCAAUGUCCUUCACAGGGAACUCUCACGUUCCAUGACAAACAUAGGAGUCCGGAAAUUUGUUAUUGACAACCCAAAGGACCAAGAGCUGAAGAAACGCGAGCGGUUAUGGCAAUUCCACAGAAGGAACCGCGGAGCCAUGGUGCGUCUAAAAGGACUUAAUCCAGUGCUGAGUAAAAGCACAGACAAACUCGACGGAAUAGAUACGGAAAGAAAAUCCGACUCCGAUAAUGAGGAAGAGAAAUCCCCACGGGAGGGAAAAAAGGUCCACAAAAUCAGGGCCAGAUUGAAAAUGGAGUCAAGAAACUCAAGUGGUGGACACAGCGACAGUGUAAAGAAAGAUUCCAAGGAAUCUAAUAAAGAUAACAAUGCAAAAUAUACCUAUUCCUCUGCUCUUACGAUAGGCAACAGUAUAUACUCCCAACUCCGUGGCAAAGAACAAGAGACUAUGGAAAAUAUUCAAAGAUUUCCAGGUCCUAUAGAGUGUGGUAAAACCAAAAGGUCGAUAGUUAACUCCAUUGACAAGCUUCCGGAUCUCAGUUCUGCUUUAACUAAGUUGGGGUACAUGAAAUUAACCCGAAACGUAGUUCAUUAUGGGGGCGGGUUCUUUGGUCGUUACCAGGAAAAACGGUACUCAGAACUUGGGAGAUCAAUGUCCUCAAUUGAGGGGGGACCCAGACCGGAUACGAUGAGCCAUGAUGUGGCUGUGUACGGUUCAAUGAAUCAUUUAGACACUAUGGUGGAGACCUCUAGAGUGAAAUUCGAGACGCCAAGAACCCUGAAUAAACUGGACAGAGGUAACAAAGAGAAUCAAGUUCGAAAAUCAGAUGAGAGUAGAAAAUUAGAAGACAGAAGGCUAAAGUCAAAAGGAAGUGAUUCAGUGAAAAAGCCCCUCUCUGAACAACAUGGCUCCUCGAAAGCCACAAAUUCUACCGUAGAAUCGGAUAAUAAUGUUACAGACUUUUCUCAGGAGAACCAAAAAACUAAAAGGGAAUCGGAUAAAAAUGGUGAUGAAUUGACUCAGGAAACCCCGUCUAAAAGGGAAUCGAACAAAAUGGGUGAAAUUACUCGGGAAAAAACGUUUAGAAGGGAAUCGUUUAAAAUUAGUGAACUGACUCAGGGAAACCAAGAGUGCAAAGGUAAGGACACCAAACUGGAAGUGAAUAAAGUGACUCGUCCUAGUUCCGAUAUAAGUCUAGACAUUCCAAAGGAUAAGUACGGACCCUCCUCUCAAGUAAGGGAUGUGAGAUCACACAGAUCCCCAUUGAUGUAUGGCGUAAAUCCAUACCGCUGGACUAAUAAGAGUGCAAUAACUGACGAGGACAAAUCGUGGGUAGAGCACGCCAUGCAGAACACGGACGUCAUUGACCAUACAGCCUAUGAUUGUUUUGCCAGAACCAAACCGAGCAAUAAGUGACUUGUUUGU